UAGCCCGGGUCGUUCGAAAAUGGCGGCGCCCGAGCAGAAACCCGCCGUUCGUCUGCUACAGUACGAGAACGAGAUUUUCCUGGACGCCCUGCACGAAGACGGGCUCACGAUAACGGCAAAAGGCCUGGGUGCAGACAGGGUACUGCUGAACUACCUCCAACUUUACAGUGAUGCCUCCAACCUUGUCAUAGUCAUCAACACAACUCAACAUGAAGAGGAGUACCUGAUAGAAGAGCUGAGUGUGGCUGGGGUGUCUCCUCUCCCCAAGUCUGUCACCAAUGAGUACAGCAUCACAGACAGGAAAGCGUUGUACCUGUCAGGCGGUGUCUUGUUUGUAACCUCCCGUAUCCUGGUAGUGGACAUGCUAACAAACAGAAUACCUGUAGACCUCAUCACAGGUGUGCUGGUCUACAGGGCACACAGAAUCAUUGAGUCCUGCCAAGAGGCGUUCAUACUGAGGCUGUACCGGCAGAAAAACAAGCAAGGGUUCAUCAAAGCGUUCUCAGACAUGCCGACAGCGUUCCACUCUGGGAUGUGUCACGUGGAGAGAGUCAUGAAGAACCUGUUCGUACGCAAACUGUACCUGUGGCCUCGCUUCCACGUCUCUGUACAGGACUUCUUAUCACAGCACAAGCCUGAGGUUGUUGAGCUGCACCUCCACAUGACAGACUCUAUGACUGCUAUCCAGACAUCCAUACUGGACAUCAUGCAGGCAUGUGUAAGGGAGCUAAGGAUGUUCAACCCUUCUCUGGAAGCAGAGGACCUGACAGUGGAGAAUGCCAUCAGCCUGAUGUUUGACCAGAUCGUGAGGCAGCAGCUCGACCCUGUCUGGCACCAGCUGAGUGGGAAAACCAGACAGCUUGUAGCCGACCUAAAGACCCUCAGGACACUGCUUGUGUACCUGACCCAGUAUGACUGUGUGACCUUCUACAACCUGCUGCAGUCACUCAGGGGAACAGAGAAAAGUUUUGGGAAGAACAGCGGCUGGCUUUUCCUGGAUGCUGCUAACUCCAUGUUCGUACAUGCACGAGCACGUGUGUACGGCCAUCCUGGCAAGGUUGCCAAGGGCAACGACAAGGGCACGUCAGCGCCGCCAGUGAACCCUGACCUCCGUCUGGAGGAGAACCCCAAGUGGAAGGCACUCUGGGAUGUCUUACAGGAGGUCCGUGAAGAGAAUACAAAGCUAGGCGAGCAGGGAAGUGUUCUGAUCGCUGCGUAUGACGACAGGACUUGCAGCCAGAUCAAGGAGUACCUGUGUGACGGCAGCCACUCUCUCCUCACCAGGCUGUUUAACAAAACUCUGGGAACAGACAGGGCAGCACCACGGGCAGAGGGGGCACAGGGCAAGCAGAAGACAGGUGGAGGAAAGAAGAGGAAAGUGGAGAAGGAGAAGGCUGCUGCUGAAGGUCAAGUCACCUUGACACAGCUGGUCAAAGGUCAAGGAGAGGACAGCUGUCAGACUGAUGAAGGUUUGACCGCUUGUGCAAAAGAGCCUCCUGUAUCAUCACUGAAUGCAUACUAUGGAGUCCUGCCCACACCAGUUACUAUCAUCCACCCCCUACACGGAAACAAUGACCCCUACAGUCUGACACGAACCCUACGCGAGGUCAACCCAAGUUACGUGGUCCUCUACGACCCUGAGAUGGAGUUUGUGCGGCAGCUGGAGGUGUAUAAAGCAGGACGACCUGGCGAGCCCCUGCGUGUGUACUUCCUGAUGUACACCAGCUCCACAGAGGAGCAGCGCUUCCUCACCUCCCUCAGACGGGAGAAGCUCGCCUUCGAACACCUCAUUAAGGAGAAGGCUAGCCUGGUGCUGCCAGAGGAGCCUGAUGUGACCCGUGACAUGACCCCUGCUACAGAGGUCAGCACCAGGAGGGCAGGGGGUCAGGAGUCACAGGAGGCACUGCAACCCAAGGUGAUAGUUGACAUGAGGGAAUUCCGAAGUGAGCUGCCGUCACUGAUCCACAGGAGGGGUGUCGACAUUGAGCCCAUAACACUACAGGUGGGUGACUACAUCCUGACCCCUGACAUGUGUGUGGAGAGGAAGUCCAUCAGCGACCUGAUUGGCUCCCUGAACAGCGGCCGCCUGUUUAACCAGGCCGUUGCCAUGACGAGGAGCUACAAGCGACCAAUCCUGCUCAUCGAGUUCGACGCCAACAAACCCUUCUCACUACAGACCAAGGGUGUAGGUCAUUACGAGAUGUCGUUCCAAGAAGUCCAGGCCAAGCUGGCUCUCCUCACACUGCACUUCCCCGGCUUGCGCAUCCUGUGGAGCAGGAGUCCCUACGCUACGGCAGAACUGUUCCAGGAACUCAAGUUGAACCGCCCUGAGCCGGAUGCAGCCCAGGCGGCGGCCAUCGCCAUGGAGACGGAGUCUGUCCUCCCGUCAGACAAGUACAACCACCUGUCACAUGACAUGGUGCUGAAGCUGCCCGGAGUCAACUCUAAAAACUACAGGUCUGUCCUGGAUAAGACAGAGAGUCUGGCAGACCUGGUCACCCUGACUCAGGACCAGAUAGCAGAACAUCUGGGUAACGCAGCUAACGCUAAACUACUGUACGAGUUCCUACAUACAACAUUCACUCCAACAUCUGAAGUAACAAAAACCAAGACUAAAAGAUAGCAGGAAAACCUUUAAGUUAAUACAUGUAUUAUAGAUAUUUAUUUUUUGAAACAUAUUAUUGGGAGCUGAUAACAGCUGCACUGGAAAUUGCAACAAAAGUACUGUACGAGUCCUACAAUCCUACAUUCACCCUGACUUCCCAUGUAACAAAAGUUACAAAAUCUAAGACUAAAAGAUAGCAGUAAAAGCUUUAUAGAUAUCUAUUUUUUAAAUCAUGUUUCUUAUAGCAGUUGCAAUGGUCACAUUUUCUCGGCAAAAAGUAAAUCUGUCAAUCUCAAAGUUGUAAAUAUUGUAAAAAAAAUAACUUACUUUCUAUAGGGAGAAAUUUAACCUAAAAGCUAUAAAACUGUAUAAAGUAAUCUCAAUGUGGGUUGUGGUGUUUUUCAAUGGGCCCUGGGGCUACAAGCAAUUCAAACAAGAACCUAACACAAAUAUAUAUUUUCUGUAAUUUAUUGACUGCUUCAGAAGUUGAUUUACUUGUUGUACUUCCAUGUAAGCCUUACUUUAUUUACAGAUAGGUGUAUUUGGUUCAACAGGUAUGCAUCUUAUAAAGUUUUAUUGCUCCAGUACAUUAAACAUACUUUCAGCAGGUUUCUUAUAAAUGUUUCUGUAAGUAGUUGGCCUUGAUAUUCUCCACUAUGCUCUCAAUCUUGUAAAUAGAAGUGUAAGUAAAAUGUGUAAAUAAAAUCUAAAAAAAAAGUAAUAAUAACAGUCUAGUCACAAUGCCAUGGAAGUAAAUUUUUAAGGACUAAUAUUAGUAAUAAAUAUGUCUACAUUUUGAUAAAUAUCCAGCUCCUUUUGCAAAAACAAAAACAAAAACAUCCAUAGAUAUUCACACCAAGUUCUAGAUAUCUGCAUUGGACAAAAGCUUAAUGUCCUGUCCUAAGGACUACAGCCCUCUGUAGUAAACAUCCAAACUCACUACUUGUAAUUAAAGAGGUUAUCUGCCUAUAACCACUUUGUUGUACCGAAAGGAUUAAAGCCCAAAAGUAAUAAACAAUUUUUGUUUCCAAACAUCAGUAAACUUUCCAUCAGCAGCAAAACACCAGGCAACAUAGCAGCAUGUUAACCCCCAAAAUGUGACUUCCUUUGACCCUUCUGAUGUCAGUGGCUGAUUGUAUAACCUCAUUCUAAUCAUUUGGGUGGUUAAAUCUUCUAUUUACAAUAGGAUAUUAAUGUAACAACUUUCACAAACUGUUCAUAACAUGAUGUCGGUGUUCUUUUCACA